GCUUGGCUAUCAUCUGGGGAUGGUUUUAAUCUAGGCAGAUGCACCCUAGAAAUUAAUGUGGCCCCUAGUCUCCUCUUAUCCUGAUGUUUUUGUCAGCCACCUCUCUUUAUUCAGCGUUACAGGGUUUUUGUUUUGUUUUGUUUUGUUUGUUUUUUGUUUUUAGCACAGGUGGAACAUUCAUUUUUCCCUUAGUUCAACGCAUGUCGAGAACUACUGUUGUGGUCUGGAGGGUGAAGCCUGUUCAGCCCAACGCAGUUCUGAAAUUUGAUAAAAUAGGCAAGAGUGAAAGCGUUUUCUAACAGUCUGAGGGGUGUCAUGAAAAACAGAAUUGAUAUUAAAUAGAAAGGAGGCAGGAAAUGAAUUGGUAUUAAAUAGAAAGGAGGAAGGAAAUGUGCUUAUAUUUUUUGACAGUUAUGGCCUUUAUUGGGUUCUUUGGAUGAAGCAGGAUAUUAGGUUGAUUUUUUAUUUUAUCUUUUCAGAAGUCACCACAGUGACAGUAGCUAAUGUUGGUGCCUCUGCAGACAAUGUUUUCACUACGUCUGUGGCAAAUGCAGCUUCAAUUUCAGGACACGUGCUGUCUGGGAGAACGGCCCUCCAAAUUGGGGACAGCUUGAAUACUGAAAAAGCCACUCUCAUAGUGGUUCACACAGACGGCAGCAUUGUAGAAACCACAGGGUUGAAGGGGCCAUCAGCACCUCUCACACCAGGACCGCAGUCUCCUCCGACCCCUUUAACGUCCGGCCCAGAAAAAACUGGAACCAAGUAUAACUGGGACCCAUCUGUGUACGACAAUGAGCUCCCAGUGAGGUGUCGGAAUAUCAGUGGGAUUCUGUAUAAAAACAGGCUCGGCUCAGGAGGUCGUGGCAGGUGCAUUAAGCAAGGGGAUAACUGGUACAGCCCCACUGAAUUUGAAGCCAUGGCAGGACGGGCCAGCAGCAAAGACUGGAAAAGGAGCAUCCGCUAUGCUGGGAGGCCAUUGCAGUGCCUUAUUCACGAUGGGAUUUUAAAUCCUCAUGCUGCCUCUUGUACUUGUGCUGCCUGCUGCGAUGACAUGACUCUGAGUGGCCCUGUACGACUCUUUGUACCAUACAAAAGGCGGAAAAAAGAAAAUGAAAUGCCUGCAACUCCAGUGAAAAAGGAUUGCUCCAAAAAUAUAACCCUGCUCCCUGCUACAGCUGCUACUACAUUCACCGUGACUCCUUCUGGACAGAUCACUACCUCCGGUGCUCUGACCUUUGACCGUACAUCGACAGUGGAAGCCACAGCAAUUAUCUCGGAAAGUCCAUCCCAGGGUGAUGUUUUCACUGGGGCCACUGUUCAGGAUACCAGUGUCCAGCAGCCUUGCCGAGUCAGUCACCCAGAACCUCACUAUCCAAGUUACCAGGACAACUGUCAGAUCUCACCUUUUCCUGAAGCUGCCCUGCCAACAUCUCAUCCAAAAAUUGUGCUGACCUCACUCCCUGCCCUGGCGGUGCCCCCCACUACCCCUACGAAAGCCAUAUCCCCUUCGGUGGUGAAUGGGCUGGAAGUGACCGAGCAGCGAAGCUGGCUGUACUUGGAAGAGAUGGUUAAUUCAUUACUCAACACAGCCCAGCAACUGAAGACUCUCAUUGAACAGGCUAAACAGGCCAGCUCCUCCUUCCGCGAGGCUGCUGUCACGCAAGCGAAAAUUCAAGCUGAUGUGGAGAGGAAAGAGUACAGGGAAGAUCCUGAGUAUUCAGCCAUGUGGCGAUGCUUUCUUCACGUCAAGUGAGCAAGGCUGUCAGGUUUCCGAUUGCCUGAAGAGAUGCUGGGAUGAAAAGAAGAGCAAGCUGUGGAGUUUAUGGGGAAGACAAGCAGUACAAUUUCAAGGUGUCUCACUGAGCAUUGCGCAAGCUGAUCUCACAUGAGUCCGGUGGUAGGAUGCAAGGCAGGCUGUAAUGGCAAGGACUACAAGAGUAUUCCCUGCAGGCUAGUACCCAGGGGCCCUUCUCUCCUCUGUAAGAGAUCAUCUACAAAGAUUGCCCUGUUCUCCCUGCUUUUCUUCAUUUAAAUUGAUGCAUGGUAGGGACCCUGGAUUCUUCUUUACACCAGUUCAUGCCUGCAUCCUGUAUCCGGCUCCAUGCACUGCUGAACGCGUUCCCCUUCUCCUGCAGGUCCACCGCUGCUGGUGUGGACUUAAGGGAGAAAGGGAGAGCAAUUUAAUGUGAAUUUGUUCCAUUGUCAGUAGCUGAUGAACUCCCUUCCGUUACACCACACUAUCUGCUGUUGCCAUUGGCGUUAUUGCUAAUGUCAGCUUUCCACUGAAUUCAUAGGCAUGAGUGUGCAGCAAGAGACCUUGAAGAAAUGUGUGUGGGAAGACUUUGCUGAGAGCUGAGAACCCCUAUGACAGUCCUUGCAGCGUCUUUGAUAUUCUUUGCCACGUUGUCUACCUAAACUCUUCUGUACGCUGCAUCCUUGAUGUGCAGGUGUGUGAUAUGUUGAGAGUCUAAUUCUUCGCUGCCUUCCACCUGGGCAGAAUGGGUAUUGAUGCUGCUGUCCAGUUUUGGGCCAUCUGCUGCUAAAAAGCUGUGCAGAGCGUGGGAUACUGAAAAGCUGGAAGCUUUGACACAGCUUAUAGCUGAAAAUCUGACUUUGUUUAACCUCGCUCUCUGCUUCCUUUUCCAGUUUAUAUGCUGUCUUCCCUUCUGUUUAUCCUUACAGUGGUUUCUGGAAGAGCUGUUCAGAGUCCAUUCCCCCUCUGAUCCAAAUCCAUCCAAGGCAGAGUGUACUUACUUCAGUGUACUUAUAGUUUCUUCUUGCCCCAGGAAUGGGAGUUAAAAUCACUCCUGUGUACUGAUUACAAGUGCUGACUUCCAAGGCAAGGAUGAGCAUGUGUUUGUUUCCAGAGAAGGUCCUUUUCCCAGUAACUUUUGAAUCUUCGACUAUAUGAUUUAUGCCUCUUACCAUUCUUAUUUUGUAAUGGGUUCCUUGACAGCUUGGUAUUUCGAUAAACACUCUUCCUGAUGGUGGUAUUUUUUUGUAUCCAAAUAAGGAUUCUCAAGCAUGCUGCUUUGUGCUAGCAUCUGAAACCAUCUGGAUAUGCUGCAGGUAGCUGUUUCUGAAUACCGUCUAGUGAAAAUUCUGUUUUUGGAAAAACCUCUGGGUUUCUGGGUACAGGACUGGUGUCUGAAGUAACUAUAAUAAAUGUCAAAUAAUUGG